CUCGAACUUCUCAGUCCCGCUGUGAACUCAGCAAGGAACGCUACGGAUAUUCUACCUGUUAAACCCAGUACCCAGUGUCGCCUUUAACUCCGGAUUAUAAUCUCGACAAUAAGUUUACUUGGUAAUUUACCCGCUAGUGCUUUUUUUUAUUGCAGUGUAUUGGUGUUAAUGUGCGAAAUGACAUGUUAUGUGAUUGUUGAUAAUAAACCGAUUAAAAUUAAUUAAACAAACAUCAAAGUGUAGCGUUAGUAUUAAUUAGUUUAGGUUAAUUUAAUUUAAAAAAAUAGAUUGCAAAAUGAUGAACACAUUUUUGGAAUCGGUGCCACCCCACCCGCACCCGCACCACUUGGCAAAUUUAGGAAUAAAAUUAUCCCCGGGUCCAAACGACGUUUUGGGAGACAACAAUGUGGUGCAGCCUGCGCCUGGUGAAGCACCUUCGUCCCAACAGCACCAUCAUUUCCACCCACAAAGUUACCCAGGACACCACCCGGCCCACCCAGCCGGACACAUGGCUCCACACAUGGGCCACCACAUAAGCCACCACCCAGGGUACACGACUCGCGAUUUUAUCCUGAGGCGCGAACACGAAUUCAACGCGACGGCAAAUCCAACUACUCCGGAGAGCGGAUUGGGACUGUUCACGCCCCUGCACCAUGAUGGCUCUGGAACAGGCAUGCAGCAGUUCUCUCAUCAUGGGCAGCACCAUCCCCUGGCGGCCAGCCACUACCCGGGUCACUAUGGUCAGGACGCCAGACUGCCCCAUCACCAUCAUCAAUAUCUGGGGCCUCCUCAUCCGGGCCUGACGCCCUCGAUCCACCAGCAACACCCGGUGAGCCACCCGAGCCACCAUCCUCACGGAGCUUUCUUGAGGUACAUGAGGGGCGGCGGGUCCGGGUGUGGUGGCAUGGCUCAGAGACAGGAGAUGUCCUGCAUGUGGGUCAACCAGGACGACAACCCUGCCACCGGGAGGAAGCUUUGCGGGAAACCCUUCAAUACUUUGCAGGACAUUGUCACGCAUUUGACGGUGGAACACGUGGGUGGACCCGAAUGCACCACGCACGCGUGCUUCUGGCAAGGCUGCUCCAGGAACGGCAGGGCGUUCAAGGCCAAGUACAAACUUGUCAAUCAUAUUCGUGUUCAUACUGGAGAAAAACCAUUCGCUUGUCCCUUUACUGGGUGUGGAAAGGUUUUUGCGAGGUCCGAAAACCUUAAGAUUCACAAACGCACGCAUACUGGUGAAAAACCCUUCAAGUGCGAGUACGAGGGUUGCGAGAGGAGGUUCGCCAAUAGUAGCGAUCGCAAGAAACACAGUCAUGUUCACACGUCUGAUAAACCCUAUAACUGCAGAGUCGCGGGUUGUGACAAAUCAUACACACAUCCGAGCUCGUUGCGCAAACAUAUGAAGGUGCACGGAAUGACAAUGGGAGAAGGAAAAGUCAGCAGUGGAUAUGAAAGCGAAGGUGAAGAAAGUAGCAGCAGUGGCGGGAGUUUAUCAGUGACAGGACACACGGAGUCCCCGCAACCACCGGCAAUAGUAUCAUCAACGACAGCGACCACCCCAGUGAACCAUUCGGGUAAUAUAAGUAAUCAUCAUGCGUCGUCAUUGAGGCCACCAGAAAUAAACGAUUGGUUUCACUGUCAACCGCCACCGGUAGGACCGCAGCACAGCCCUCUAUCUGCGCCUCCACCGCCCCACCACCUAGGCCACCAUUUCAACCCCAUCAUGCAUCACCAGGCUGCGGCUUAUUGAGCGCUUGAUCAAUUUAGCUGAAUAAAAAUAAUCAUUUUCGUUGUAUUAUACUACCAAUUAUUUUCAUCAAUGCUGAAUCUUUCAAAAUUCCACACCGUGUGUGUAAAAAAUUUACAUAUAUUUUUUUAGUCACGUUCGUGCCUCUAUUUAAUUAAUAGCCAAAUAUAUUGAAUAAUAUUUAAUCAUUAUUAAUUUUCAUUGCAUAACUCGACAAAAUUAUUUUCACAUAAUUGAAAAUAUCAAUAUAUUUUUUUUAUUCGUUCAAUUACGAGUGAUUAAUUGCAAUUGAAGUUUAUUGAUCGUCAGCCGAGUGAGCUAGUUAAUUUAUUUAUUUAAAAAUUUUUACGACUGUCCAAUU